AUAAGUGACAAUUCCAAAGAAGCCUUCAUGAAAUCUAUAAAAAUAAAAAAACUCUUGGAGAUGUUGACACAGUAGCAUUCAGAGGAAAAACAUACAAAAGCAGGUUGAUAGACAGCUGCACCAGUUUGUCUGACUAAAAAAAAGCUUUAUUGACAAAAGCUGGAAACUAAAAAACAGCAAACAUGAUGAUAAUGCUAUUUUAAUUCACGUUUUUGUCCUAAUUUAUUGAAGAGUCUUUUACAAAAAUAUGGUUUGAAAUAAAAUGUGUUCAAUUCAAACUGAUCUCUUCACUUAGUGUGUCCUCAAAAAAGUAAAUUUAUAAUUAAAAACAUAUUCUUGCUAUUUUUAAGAGACACAUAUUUAUAAACAAAAACAAAAUGUAUCCUCAGGCUAAUCAUAUAUGCUUCACUUUGAGGGAAUUCAUUUUGAAGUGAUUCUAAUGGAAAUAAAGUGGGUGAUGGCUCCCCCUUGUGGUUUACGUCUGAACGACAUGUAGCCUCCUGCUAAACUAUGAGCGCCAGAUGGCGCUGUAAAUGUGGAGCUGACAUGCAACAGGUCUUCCACAACAGCUGCAGGACUUCAAGGGAAAGCCACAAUUCAGGAGGGAUGCAAAGUGCUUAAAGAUACAGUUAAAUCUGCAUUAGUGUCAUUAUCUGCGGACUCCCGCGAGCUGCUGCUCUGCAGCCGCCACGCGCAAGUUCCUCCUGGACACCACAUGGCUGUUCACGAUCUGAUUCCUCCAGUCACUCAGUUUCAUCAUUUUGCGUUGCACUUAUCAUAAGAAAGUAAUCAGGUGUAGCUGAGACAGGAGAAGAGCAUUUAAACUGGUCCCUCCGGAGAUGCUCGAUUGCGUCUCUGCGCACGUCCGUCUCCCGAUGCGCCACCAGUGGACGUCCUUGUUCCGCCUGGUGUCACCCCUCGGAAUGAGUUUCCCUCAAGUGAUGCCAAGCAAGAUCCGAAAGUGAGAGGGCGGAGGAGAAGGAGAAAGGGGGUUGAAAAGACCUGCAUGAGGAGUGGGGCUUGCAUUAAGGACAUGAACGACUCUGAAAUCCAGCCGAUCCUCUUUUUACGCACGAGCUUUGCGCGCCAAUCAAAGUGUUUUGUUUUGAUUUGAAUUAUUUAUUGUUUCCAGCGGGACCUGCGAUGAUGAGGGCCGUGCACGCCGUGCUGCUCGCCGCCUCCCUGUGGUGCCGGAGCGCGUUUGGCGGAUACGGCAUCGGUCUGUUCGCGGCCCAGACCUCUCCUCCAGACCCCUGCUACGACGAGCACGGCAACCCGCGGCGCUGCAUCCCGGACUUCGUCAACGCCGCCUUCGGGAAAGAGGUUAAGGUGUCCAGCACCUGCGGGAAGACGCCCAGCCGCUACUGCGUGGUGACAUCCGCGGAGAAGGGCGAAGAGAGGACCAGGAACUGCCACAGCUGCGACGCGUCCGACCCCAAGAAGUAUCACCCACCCGCAUACCUGACGGAUCUCAACAACCCGCACAACCUCACCUGCUGGCAGUCCGAGAACUUCAUCCAGUACCCGCAAAACGUCACCCUGACUCUGUCGCUUGGCAAGAAGUUCGAGGUCACCUACGUGAGCCUGCAGUUCUGCUCCCCGCGUCCCGAGUCCAUGGUGAUUUACAAAUCCAUGGAUAAUGGCAAAACCUGGGUGCCCUUCCAGUUUUACUCCACGCAGUGCAGAAAAAUGUACAACAAGCCCAACCGGGCCGUGAUCACCAAGCAGAACGAGCAGGAAGCCGUGUGCACGGACUCCCACACGGACAUGUACCCUCUGACCGGAGGCCUGAUCGCCUUUAGCACGCUGGAUGGCAGACCGUCCGCGCACGACUUCGACAACUCCCCGGUGCUGCAGGACUGGGUGACCGCCACGGACAUCAAGGUGGUCUUCAGCCGCCUGCACACGUUCGGCGACGAGAACGAGGACGACUCGGAGCUGGCCCGGGACUCCUACUUCUAUGCCGUGUCGGACCUGCAGGUCGGGGGCAGAUGCAAGUGCAACGGACACGCGUCACGGUGCGUGAAGGACCGCGAUGGGAGCCUGGUGUGCGACUGUAAGCACAACACGGCCGGGCCGGAGUGCGACAGGUGCAAGCCGUUCCACUACGACAGACCGUGGCAGAGAGCCACGGCCAGGGAGGCCAACGAGUGCGUGGCCUGCAACUGUAACCUUCACGCCAGACGGUGUCGUUUCAACAUGGAGCUGUACAAACUGUCGGGGAGAAAGAGCGGAGGAGUCUGCCUCAACUGUCGGCACAACACAGCUGGCCGUCACUGUCACUACUGCAAGGAAGGCUUCUACAGAGAUCUGUCAAAACCAAUCUCACACAGGAAAGCAUGCAAAGCAUGUGAUUGCCAUCCCGUGGGUGCUGCUGGCAAAACCUGUAACCAAACCACAGGACAAUGUCCCUGUAAAGAUGGCGUCACUGGUAUCACGUGCAACCGCUGUGCUAAAGGGUACCAGCAGAGCCGCUCGCCCAUUGCCCCCUGCAUAAAGAUUCCAGUUUCCCCUCCAACGACUCCAGCGAGCAGCACAGAGGAAGCUUCUGAUUGUGAAUCUUACUGCAAGGCAUCAAAAGGCAAACUGAAAAUCAACAUGAAGAAGUACUGCAAGAAAGAUUAUGCUGUCCAGGUGCACAUCUUGAAGGCAGACAAAAUGGGCGAAUGGUGGAAAUUCACGGUCAACAUCAUCUCCGUCUACAAGCAGGGCGAGAGCCGCAUCCGCCGCGGGGACCAGUUUUUGUGGGUCCGCGCCAAAGACGUGGCCUGCAAAUGUCCCAAGAUCAAACCUGGGAAAAAGUACCUGCUGCUCGGGAACGACGAGGUCUCCCCAAGCCAGAGCGGCGUGGUGGCGGACAAAGGCAGCCUGGUCAUCCAGUGGAGAGACACAUGGGCGCGCAGACUCAGAAAGUUUCAGCAGCGCGAGAAGAAAGGCAAAUGCAAGAAGCCCUAAGCGAUACAGCUGGAGGAAUAAGAGUAAAAAGUGAUUGAGGGUGAGAGAAAGAGACAGACCCACGGACACCGCUGCUUUUUUGUGUAGAAGCAUGAAGAGAAUUAUUUAGGAUGUUUUAUGUUUUUCCUAUAGUGAACUUUUGUUGAAGGAGCUCACCUCACAGAUUUAGUUUUUAUGGUUUCUUCUACUCUGACAUUCGUCUCUCUUGUGGAUUUGCCGAAUUUGCACCUAUUACCACUAUAUAACGUUAUUUUAUGUGUUUUUGUUAUUCCUGUAUAAAACAAUUAAUGUUCUAAUUUCAUGGACAUCUGCUAUUUCUGAGCAAAAAUGAUGGAAACCACUUAAAUAAUGCUGCAAUAAUGCUUCUGCAUUUUUUUCUAAGAAGCAGUUGUGGUUCCAGGACCAGCAUUUGUGCUGGUAAAUUUACUAAAAUUGUACCUUUAGCUGUACAGUAAGUGUCUAAACGUUAUUUCUUUCAUAUUCAGAUGGAUCUGCAGCUAAUUUUGGAUUCUUUUCUGAUUUGGAAUUUGAAAGUAGGAAAAGAAUGGUGUAAAAAACUAAAAGGUGGCAAAAUUGUUCUUUUUUUGGGGGUGUAUUUUUCCCUAAUUUAAGCGCACAUUUUAGACCCAUUUGACAAGCUUCUCUAUACCUGAGCAGUAAAAAUAAAAACAAAUUUGCCUGAGUAUAAUUUUUAGCUGCAAUGUUUAGUUCACAAAAGUGCUGCUUACGGUACUGUGUUCCUUUUUCAGUGUUUUACUUUUGGGUGCAUUGGACAGCACUGAUUUAGCUCACAGUACUUACUGUGACUUUUUUUCUCCUCUGUUUUAAGAAAAUCUGUAGUUUGAACAAAAACUUCAAGGAAAAGAAGCCAGUCAUACUCUAAAGACAAUAAUAUGAAACUGACUAGUUAUUUGCCAUUGAGUAAAUGCGGCCAAUAAGUGGAUAAAAAUGAGUUUUUAGUGACUAUUUUAGAAGCAAUAGCAUUCCUGUUUUAUGAUAAGUUGAUUAUGGUUGUGCAGGUUUAUCACUUUGAAAUAUGGAUGCAAGCUACAAGAACUGCAAACAUUGUGCCACGAGUGCUGAUGGAAUUACAAAAAACAAGACUUAACUGACCUUCAUCAUGUACAGCAGCUACACAUUUAUCCUCUUGAAAUGUGUGUUUACUUCAAAAGGAUGAAUGAGAACAGAAAAAAGGUAUUGAAUUGUAAAAAAAAAAAGAUAUGAUUUUUGACUUCCACCACCACAUGAGGUUUGCUGUUAAGAUAUCUUUCGUUUUUCCGUGCACGAAUGUACAUAGACUUUAAGGAGACGGUGUGUCCAAUCAGGUGCUGCAAUCUGCUGUUGACACGCCAUGGGAGUUUUCUUCACUUCAACAGUAGCACAAUAAAAACUAGGUUCAACUGCAGCAACUCAACCCCGUUUUACCUUAAAGACGCACUCCGAUCAUCUUUUGAGCAAUUGUUCCCAAUGAUCUUUUAAUUAUGAUUAUGCCGUUUUUAGGCAAAAAUAAAUUUGUACAAAAAAAACGGAUGUUUUCUAGAAUAUAGUUUCUGCAGAGUGACAGUAGGUCAUUAGAAAUUCACCUAUGAGUUGUAGGCGGAACGAUUGGCGAGGAGCAACCCUGCCCCCUCCGUUGCUGAGCAGAGCAGGGAGCUUGUGGCCGACCCAGCGCAUUUUCUACGCAACGAACAGGCACUUUUUCAAACUCCAUUUUAUUGUCUGCUUCUGAGUCACAGCAAUUUGAAUAAAGAAAUACUCAGAAAUGCAAUUUUAAGCAUAAA